AUGGAAUCUGAUUUGAAACCUCCUCUCAUCCGUGCUGCUGAAAGUAACAAUGAAAGAGAGGUAAAGAGACUGCUUGAUGAYGGUGUUGAUGUCAAUGAAACUGAUGACCAGGGCAAAACAGCCUUGUUUUAUGCUGCUCAAAAUGACAUUGAAAGUAUUGCUGUGUUAUUAAUUGAAGCUGGUGCUGAUGUUGAUGUAAAAGAUAACCAAGACAAGACAGCUUUGUUUUAUGCAGCUGCCAAUACAAGUAUACAAGAUGCAUGUAAUAUUCUUGUCGCAUUGGUGGAGAAAGGCRAAGCCUUGGUCAAUGCCACGGAUAUCUAUGGUAGGAACCCGCUCUUUUAUGCCAUAACACAUUCCAUUCCAUUUAUUCGUUAUCUUCUUGACCAUGAAGCGAAUCUGCACGCAGAAGAUAACUGCAAUGUGAGCAUUUUAACAUGUCUUCUUGAACACUGCUUGAUGAAACACGAGAAGCCAUCUAAUCCUACUUUUCUAUCUGAAGUCCUUUCUCUUCUUCUUGAGAGAGGGUUGGAAAGGCAGAGUAUYGUUGAUUCAAUACUUAACCUUGUCUUCUGUAAAGCUCCACUUUUACUUUGUUCAAAUGAAGAAGAAACCGCAAUUCCAGGGUUACUGAAGAUCAGGACAGGUGACAUUUUGAGCGCCUUGAGAGUAGCUGUUCAUUAUGUAGAUGAAAGUAAUAGUAAAAAGAAAGAAUUGAUUUUGGAGGUUGAAGAGAAAAUAAAAAGUGGCAACAUUUUUGAAGCCUUUGACUUGCUUUCUAUAAAGUUGCGAGCAAAGCCAAACAGUACUGAUUCGGCUGGGAAUACUGCUCUCCAUUAUACUACCGUCCUACCACUGAUGGGUGUGCCUCAACAGUCAGUCAUGGAGAUUUGUGAAUUUCUAAGGAAAAAAGGGGUUCAUUUCAGUAAACCAAACCACCAAAGUCAAACACCUCUUCUCUUUUGCUUGUCUGCAAACAACUGGAAAUUAAAAGGUCCAAGUAAUCAGAGUCGUAAGAGAGAACAUACUUCAAGAACUGAUAAAACUGUUGGAAGUAUUUGGUGGUAA